CUCAAUGAUGCGUGGAGACAGAGACAGAGAGACACACUUUCGCCGCCCUUUCAAUCACCACUACUGUUUCUUCCCCACAACAAAGCGUAAACUUAACGUCUGCCCAUCCUCACCCACUCCAACCUCGCUUCCAUCAUAUCCAUCUUUCUGUUUCUCUUCUGCUCAUAAAACAAACAAAGAAAAAAAACCUUCGCUGCCGGAUUAUUUAAUUUGUAAUUGAGAAUCAAAGCAAUGAGAGAAAGGGGGAAAUCCGUGGAGGUGGAGAUUAAUGCCGCCUCUUCCGGCCGCAAUAACUUCUCAGAGUUCGACUUCUAUGCUUUUCCCGAUAUUGCAUGCAAGAAACACCCAUCCGCUUCAUCUAUUGGAAUCUGCCCUUACUGCUUGAAAGAAAGGCUUUUGAAGCUCAUCUGCUCUGAUUGCGGAGAACAUCGACUCUCGUCGUGUUCUUGCUCUGAUAUUUCGGCUCCCCGGAUCUCAUUCCUGAUGGAGAAUGAGAUCGGUCGGGAUCAGUGGAAGGCGCCGGCGAAGGGGAAGAGGGACAAAACAGAGGACGCGUCUGUUCUUCGCCGGAGCAGCAGCAACUGUGCAGAGAUCAAGAAAAGCAGCAAUGGGUUCUGGAAGAUCAAGAGGCUGUUGGGAAACAUGAAGAGAAGGGAGAAGAGUUGCUCAGAGAACGAUCACCACGCGUUUGACGAAAUGCGCGUGUCAAGGUCAAGGUCUGUUUGCAGCUUAAGGGACGAUGGGUGGUCGGAUCAGUAUAGAUUCUCCAGCGCAAAGAUUUCUGAUGUCACGGGUGAGUUUUUGUUUGAUUCCGAGGAGGCUAGGAAGAGCGGGUUCAGAGGUGAUCGCCCUGAGAACAAGGGAAGCUUCCCAUUUCCACGAAGUGUCUUCCCUGCAAAAGAGAGCGAUUCUUUCACUAGUUCCAUAGCUAAUGAAUCAGCAGCAUCCUUCCUCGACAUAAAACUCGACCUUUCUUCAUCACUGAGGAGUCUGCGCAAUUUAUCAUCAGACCGUGACUCCUCCUCUUCUGCUGGUAACAGAAUGGCAUUUGGUUCUUGCAGAUUUACAGGGAGUGGCAAUGUAUCCGAUGAAGGAGUCAAGAGAAGUGGGAAAAGGAGCAGUUUUUGGGAAUGGAUUUCCUGGCAAAGAAGCUCUGGUAGGAAAAUCAAUGGAAAGUGAAAGAAGAUGAGAAAAAAACCGAAUCUUUGAAAUCUUUUUGAGAACCAUCCAUCAAAGAACACAAAAAUGGUUGCUUGCGGUGAAUGUUUUCCCACUCUCAGAUUUGGAUGGUCUCAUCUAUUUUUACUGUGAUUGAACCAAACACUUUCUCCUUGUCCUUCUAUCUUUAUGCCUUCUUUAGUUUAACUACUUGCCCAGAAAGUGUUUGGACACACAACUUUUGUUAGAAAGCGUUUACAUACUACGGAGUACUUUUUCAGAAACCUUUUAACUACAAAAAAAAGGAUGGCACCUCUUUCUCUUGGGUCUUCCAAACCCGAUCGGACGGUACGUUCGGAGGAUGCAAUUUAACUGCAAAGGCUUUACUAAUAGUGACAAAGUAAAUACUCCAGAAAUCUCCCUCUUCUUAUCAAGGCUAGUUUGUUAUUAAUGUUAUAACUUCGCAUGUAAUACUCCUUAUAAUGGUGGUUUGCGAAUAAAAAGUGAUAAGUAGUUAAUGGAAAAUAGUUUUGGGGUUUUAUGAUAUAGUGACGGCAUACUGAUAGGAAUGUAGAAUGUACUGAUAGGAAUGUAGAAUGUUUUGGUGUUGAUGUGUUGUUUUGUUUAUUGUUCUGUUGUAGGUGAUUUGUUUUGAAAAUAUCUUUUGGGUGGUGAG